AUGUCUGAGGACCGGCCGGCAGACGACCAGGGCGAGGGCGUCGACUCUGCCGUGGAACUGCCGUCAGAUGUGCUUCAAGAAUUGACUACCAAUAUCCUCGACGAUUUGCUGAGCAACAUCGUCUUCACGACCGCCCUAUCAUGUCAUCGAUCCGAGAAGCUGCUCCGCAUGCAGUCGGCUGCCACCCAGGCCGAAUCCAUCGCCCUGGCAAACCUCGAGCCGCAGUCGCAGAAGCAAAACACCACGGGCGCCACGUCGAUACCCAUCGCUGAGACGACGGCAGCCAAGUACGAGAACGGGCGCGUCUUCCUCAAGGGCAAUCCCCUCAAGACAACCCCGGAGAUAAUAUGUCCCCACUGCAAGCUGCCCCGGCUGAUGCAUCCAAUCAUGGGCAAGGGCAUGCAGAACCCCGACCUGACCAAAGAGUACUGCAUGCUAUAUCCUUUCGUCCAGCGAUCCGGCCACGACGUCUACGGCAACCCGUUCCCAACCGACAUGGCCAAGAGCAAGAAGGAACGCGAGCUCAUCAAGCAGCAGCAGAAGAACGCCGAGAAGGAGAGUGUAGGCACACCCGGCUCACAAGACACAGACAUGGCAGGCGGCGACACCAAGGAAAUCAAGCUAAACACCGGCGGCAAACCAGCCUCAUACAUACCGUGGCACACAUGUCCAAACUGCAAGCGCAGCUUACUCAUAACACGCUUCGCCCAACACCUGGAAAAGUGUCUCGGCAUCAGCGGACGCCAGAGCUCACGCAACGCCAUGGCGAAACUUACCGGACAAAACGGCGGCACAGGUUCAGGCCUCGGCAACACUCCACUGGGAAGCCGCAUGGGCACGCCCGCCCCCGACGCGUCUUCGAAUCCAAAAACCAGCAGCAAGUCCAAGGGUAUCUCGCCUGUGAAGCGAUUAGCCGCCGAUGACGCCGACGCCGACGAUCUCGACAACGAUACCCCCGAGCGCCGCAAAAUGAAGAAGAAAAGCUCCUACAUCAAGAAAGCCGAUCGCGAUAAAUCGUCAAACGGAAACAGCAAUAACAACAAUAGUAACAGUGGCACAUUGAAGGUCAAGCUAAAAACGGGUAGCAGCAAUAGACCCGAUCUUGGCGAUCGAAAACACAGCGAGAGUAGUGAGCGAGGCGAGGGAAAGCGCGAUCGUGAGGCUGACGACGUAGGUGGUGAUUCACCCAAGAAGAAGAAAAUCAAACUCAGCUUGGGCGGCAAAGACAGGAGUCGCGCGAGUGCUAGUGUAGAGCCUGCGAGUGCUGCGUCGCCGGAGUAG